UUUUAGUUUAUCAGAAACAGCCGUCUGCUAAAUGGAAAUUUCUAAAACAGAGGAAUACGAACAUUAUAUAACCGAUCCUAGAAUGGAUAAAUUUUUGCAUUAUGUUUUGCUGGGAAAGUCACCGAUCUCUCCAAUUAAUGGCAAUACCUUUAGUUUGCAAAACUUUAGUCAACAUAUUAAUGAUGAAUUUGAAAAUAGUACUAAAUAUACAAUACCAGUUCAGCCUAAAGAUGCACCAGGUAGAUUGGGUGGGAAAAAUGUUGUUUUGGAUGCAUCAACAAAUGUUGGUAUAUUUAUGGUAGAGGAAGAUAGAUUAGGGGUUUCAAGUCAAGCUAAUUUUAGUACUGUAAGAGCAAAUUGUUGUGUAUUCAAAGGAAAAUGGAUUUAUGAGAUCAUGCUUGGGACUAAAGGGGUUAUGCAAUUAGGAUGGAGUACUAAGAAUUGUCAUUUUUCCCAUGAGCAAGGAGUUGGUGACACUCCAGAAUCUUUUGCCUACGAUGGAAAUAGAAUCAGGAAAUGGAAUGUCUCUACUGCAAAAUAUGGAGAAGCAUGGCGAAUCGGGGAUACUAUAAGUUGCUCCAUCGAUUUAGAUUUAGGUUCCAUCACUUUUUAUAGGAAUGGUAAAAGCAUGGGGGAGGCUUUCGACAAUAUCAAAACAGGGUACGGUAUCGCUUACUUCCCAACCAUCAGCCUCUCCAUACACGAAAGCGUGCGACUAAAUUUUGGGGCCACACCUUUAUUGCAUCCCGUAAACGGUUACAUGCCUCUUCAAGACCCCCCUUUGCAGGAUUUGGUGAGGGCUAGAAUACUUUUUUCGGGCCUUCACAGGAUAUUAGACGCCUUCGUUAAGUUGGAUCAGAAGGAAACAAUAGAAACGACGUUAUUAAGCGACAAAAGCGAUAAGACUUUGGAAGCUUCGUCCACAGCUUUGCCUCAAAAAAUGGAGAUAGUCCAGGAGUCUGCAAAUAGCGAUUUUGAUAUAAAAGAGUUGCCAACGUUGGAAGGUACCAGUUCGAGGGCUUUGCUUUUUAUCCUGGCUGGUUACUUCUUCGAUAAAUUAGUCAAAGUUUUGAAUAAUGCCUACGUGGUAGAAAUCUGUUUUUUUAAACUCUUGGCCAAACAUAUCAGUACUGAAAAAGGAGAUGAUCAACCGAUGGGUAACAGUCCCUUGUAUUGCAGAGAAUUUAUAAGCAAAUUUUUGGACGUUUUCUGGGCCUUUAUCGACGAAGUGCAGGCCAAAGUGAUCAUGGAAAAUCUCAUAACUUCCAUUUUGGUGCACUACCGGUUCUCACCACUCGACUCAGAUUCGAAAUACCAGAAAUUAUACUUGUCGAUGAUGAUCGAGUUACUAAGACACGAGCCAACGAGGAAAUAUUUACUACAAAACGUCUUGUUCGAGAGGAUUAAAUUACCUUUACUCAUGCAUGUUAAAUCACCGGACUACGACCUUCUUCAAAAGCUAGUCCCACAUCCUUACCUAAAUAUUUCCUCUAUCCUCGAUCCUCUCAAUUAUAUGGGGUCCGUUCAUAAUAUUCGCGACUAUACCAAUCAACCUGUUACCGCCAGUUUUAUGGGUCCUUCUACUAACCCGAUCAAUGCUACGAUUGAUGACGUAAGAAGAAACGGUAUGAAUCAUGGAAUUGAAACUGUAAGACCAGAGGGUUGGAAUAUAUCAUCUUCCGAGACUGAAUCUGAGUCAACAUGCAGGUCAUCCUCGUCUUCUACUUCUGGGAAACCGAAUUCUGAUUAUAAAAUAACAUCUACUCCCGAUAUUCCCUUAUCCGUAUUUACGAGUCAUAAAACAAAAAUGGCUUACGAAAAUUCAAUGCAACACCUCCAAACCGUCGUUUCGGAAAUCGAAGAUUUGCAGCAAGAAAUUAUUAAAAUGUUAUUGAACAACAGGGAUACUCUAAACGGAGUAUCUAGUCGAUAUUUAUUCCUUAAAAAAUUUCGGGAUUUCAUUCGUCAAAACCUUAAUCUCAAUAUAAUGCAUCACCCUUUUAGUAAAUGCCCUUAUCCAGCCAUUCUUUGCACUUUUCACCACUUGGUUAAAGAACUGAGAUUCGAAUGGGAUAAAUACCAUCAAAAAUACUCUUAUAGAGCCGUCCCUAAUUCAGAAGCCUUUGUUCCCUGUCAAAACUUUUACGAUGAUUCACUCAAUUAUUUCGACCUUCAAAGGCUGGCCGGUCUCAUGUCUUAUCUCAAAAAAACUUACGAAACGGAACUAAACUCGGAAUUACUCAAUUCCGAAUCCCUAAAUCCCAUCGCAUCCAAUCAAAGUUCGACAUCUUACCUUAAUCUUCGCGAUCAUAACCCGAGCUGCAAUCCAAGUAGCGAUUUAUCCCAAAAUACAGGACUAAGUGGAGGUUCUGGCCAUUCCAAAGCCAAUGUGGAACUUUCUGACAAAUCGUUCACCGUAAAUCCCAAAAGUAGGUCUGAAGCAUCUUCCUCAUCCCUCAUAGAGUUAUUGGACGGUGCCAUUCUUUUGUAUCACGUAUCGGGACACAAGCAUACUUCCAAAAUGGCAAAGGUCCGUGACAUAAUCAAGGAAUAUCUGAAAACAAUAACCUCCAUUCAAACUAAGAUAAACGUUUGCCCACCUAACAAAAUAGCGGUUAAAACAGAGCUAGAACGUUCCAAACAGAUAUUCCUUAGAAACGCGCUUGAACAAGCCCGGUUAUUAGCUUGGAUUAGGAUAGUCGUUUUUUCUAAAGAGAAGCAAGAAAACGUGGCCUGGCUAUUAGGUGCCAUUUUACGUACCAUUAACAAUGCUCUAUCUAAGGGGGGUAAUCUUUAUCUAUUCUUGCCCGAAUUUUAUCUUGAAACAUGUUUGAACGCCUUUUCCGAUCUCAAAAACAAUUUCCAUCCUACUGCGCUUAUGUCAGACAUACCUAAUCUUGCGUCCUUGCUAAAAACGUACGUGCGACUUGUUUCCUUAUUUUUCGCUCGUGAUUCCACUAAAAUAGUCAAUUCUGAGCUUAGAGAUCGCCUUACACAAGCCCUAGCCGACUGCGCAUGUUCCCCUGGCGCCCUUAAAUGCAUGGAAGUUAAUCUUGAUCGGGAGGAAAGAAUUGAAAUAGUCAAGGCCUUGCUAAAGCCUUACGAAAACAGACCCUGGGCUCAAACUAAUUGGAUACUCGUUCGAUUUUGGAAAGGAAAUGGAUACGGGUUCAGAUACACCAAACCUCCAAAACCCCAGGCUAGAUUGGUUAGAUUCGAUCAAGACCUUCCAGUAGGUAUGGAGGUAGAUGUUCUGAACGACAUAGAAACCAUAAGUCAUGACCUUUUAUUAAACGACUCUCGUCAAAAUCAGCCAGGAACCAAUGAAACAGCAUUAAACACUAAUAACCCUUCUCCUACCUCCCAAAACUCAGAAGCGACCAACCUGAAUGACAAUAACACCGUUAAUUCUAAUAGGAAUACCCUGGUUACCGUCUUUACCCAUAACAACAACAAUGUGAUAGACUACAUAAAGCCUAUGCCUUCAUUUGUUUAUCAAAAGCACGUCGGAGAGGUGUUAGCUGAGGAUUCCGAGAAGGCAUUGGUUACCGUUAAUAGCAUUUUAAAUCAAUUGAAUUGGGCUUUUUCAGAGUUCGUGGGAAUGCUUCAGGAGAUUCAACAAGCCUCAUCUCGCACCGAUGUUCAAGUGUUCAUAGAUGCCCGUCAGCUUAAGCUAUGCGCCACUUGUUUUGACCUAACUGUAGGACUACUCCGAGCUCUGGAAAUGAUCUCUAAAGUUUGUCCCGCUAUUUUUACCGCUUUCACAGAACGACCCUCCGCCGAAAUACUGCUUACUAAUCUCUUUCAAUUAAUGUGCCAAAUACUGGCCAGGGUAACAUCCCAAAAAAGCGCUUUCAACUUGGUAGUUUCUUUAGCCAUGCCAGGCCUUGAAAUGGUUCAACAUUUUCCCAUACUCUCCGCUGUAGCCGGUAUAUUGAUCCAACUCAUUAUGAGAACGGAUGUUUUAAGCCGGACAAAAACUGUUUCUACUCUGCUGAACGAACCCGGUUUUCAACUAUCCGCUCUAGAAGUUAUGUUAGGAAUCGACGAAAAAGAAUCUAACUCUGCUAUUAUCAAUUUCGAAGUUGACGUUCUGGUCAAGAGACAAUUUUGUUUCAAAAAUUAUGCAGAAAUAAGCGGGCCCGAACUAAAUGAAUUCGCUCAAAUGGUGACUAUGCUGCAAGAAGAGCAAAGCAAACAAAGUAGCGUGCGGGUUUCCAUAUCAGAGGAAGACACCUGCCCCAUAUGUUACGCUAGACCACUCGAGGUUCAAUUCUCUCCUUGCGCUCAUAAAUCUUGCAGACCAUGUAUCACCCAUUAUUUGAUGAACAAACGCGAAUGCUUUUUUUGCAAAUCCAACGUUGUUGAUGUAGAAGAUAUUCCAAAACCAUUCAUUAUUUCUUAACGUAAAUCUUAAAUAAAACAAUUUUGAUUUAUAUAAUCACAGGAAAAUAGCGCUCACUCUUAUCUUUUUGUAAAUUUUGAUCCACUUUUUAAUGUUAAUUUUUUUAAAUAUAAAAUAAGAUAAAAUGAUUUUGUCAAAUUAUUUACUUGUGAUAUUUUUAAAAAAUUCUUAAUUACAUAUAUGUGAUAUAACAAUUUUAUUUUUAAAUAUGUAUUUCUUUUAA